AUGGAGAAGGAAAAAGUGACAAGACCUCUUGAUAGUGUGGAAGAACCAGAGAUCUCUUUGGCUGUCAUUGCUGGCACUCCUACUGUUAGACCAAUGAGGUUGACGAGAAGUAUUAUGGGUGAACAGUUGGUGAUACUGGUGGAUUUAGGUAGCUCACACAACUUCAUAGACUCAACUUUGAUUCCAAAAUGGAAGCUGCGAGUGGAUUCUUCUAUUACAUUAAGGGUGAAGGUGGCUAAUGGCCAAUGCCUUAAGGGUGGAGGAUUAUACAAAAUAGUAAAGCUAAAGUUUAUAGUUGAAGAAAUUGACCAUUUAGGCCAUAUCAUUAAUUCUGAAGGUGUAAUGGAUGAUGUUUCUAAGAUUGCUACCAUGUUGGAGUGGCUUGAGCCUAAAAAUGUGAAGUCUCUACAGGGAUCCAUAGGGCUAACUGGAUACUAUUGGAAGUUUAUAAAUGGCUAUGGAAUUAUAGCAGACCCCUUGACAAACUUGCUGAAAAAGAAUUCUUUUUCUUGGAGUUCGGAGGCAAAUAGGGCAUUUGGGGAAAUUAAAUAG